AUGGAAGCACCUACAGUACCAGCUUGGAAAAGGCUUGGGUUAAGAGUAAAAGAAACGAUAGAAAAUGACCCAUUAUCCAUAGAUAGUCAUUAUACUGCGUCAAAACCAAAGGAUACUUCUUUAAGUAAACGAAAAACUGAUGAGCUAAAUACCUCAAGUGAAGCACCUGAUGAACUCCAAAAAAAACCCCCAAAGAGACCAAAAAUUCCUAAAUCAGAACGAAAACCUCCACCCGAAUCUGAUCAACUUGUUUAUUUAAAGUCAUAUUCAUUAAAUAAAAAGGAGUGGAAAUUUUCUAAGUCAAAACAGAAUUGGAUUCUUAGACAUAUAUACAAUCAGACUGUCAUCCCUGAAACUUAUAGUGAAUAUCUAAUUAACUAUUUGGUUGGUAUUCAGGGAGGUGUUACGAAAAGAAUUGUGGAAGAUGCCAAACGCAUAAUUGAAGAAUGGAAUAAUUUUAUGACCGAAGAAGAUAAGGUUGAAAAAAACGAAAUCCAAUCGGAUUUAGAAAAAAAUGACUCGAAGGAAAUUGAAGACACCAAAAAAAAAGAAACGAAAUCAGAGUCCUUAAAUUAUGCACCUCCUACGGAAGCCAGUGCUCGCAUUGCACAAAAAAUAAUAUUAAAACUAGAUGGAAAUCAUAUUUCACUAGCUUUAAUUGAUAAGAGCAGUGAACAAGAACAGUAA